AUGCACCUCAUCCUACUCUUUCUAGUCAUUCCCUUCUACUUGUUUGUCGAUCUCUUGAAAACAACGCUCCAUCAUCGUUCUCUCCUCUCAAUCCCUGGUCCCCUCAUCACCCGGUUCACUAAACUCUGGUAUUUCAAUCGCGUGCGACUACGUCACUUCGAACACGACAAUAUCCAGCUCCACGAGAAGUAUGGAUCUGUCGUGCGUAUUGCUCCCGACCACUACAGUAUCCGUGACAGAUCUGCCGUCAGAACGGUUUAUGGGAAGGGAAGUCGCUUCGCCAAGUCGGCGUGGUACGAGGGGUGGAAGCAUCCCGAUCCCAACCGGUGGACAUUAUUUCCGGACCGGGAUAUACGACGUCAUGGGGAAACGAGGAAACGCUUCGCGAGCCUCUACUCCAUGAGCUCCCUGGUGCAUUACGAGGCAUUCGUGGACAACUGUGCCGACAUCUUUGCCCAGCGGCUGCAAACGCAUGCCCAAUCUGGAGACCCUCUGAAUCUGGGCCACUGGUUCCAGUGUUAUGCGUUUGAUGUCAUCGGGGAGAUCACCUUUGGCGAACGGUUUGGCUUCCUAGACCAAGGCCACGAUGUCAAAGGCACCAUUGCUGCUCUGCAAGGCCUCAUGACAUACAGCACACUGGUCGGAAUUUACCCCGAGUGGCAUCCGCGGUUGUAUGGAACCUUGAGUUGGUUCAAGUUGUCUGGGGCUGCGGGACGAGCAUACAUCAUGCAGUUCGUACAGGACAAGAUCAGAGCCCACGCUCCACCUUCCCCAAAACAGGACGAGGCGGAGGGUGGAGCACCGAAAACGCAAGACUUCGUAGAGAAGAUGAUGCUGGCACGAGAUAAGGAUCCUGAGAAAGUGACAGACUACCAUCUCUACAUGAUGGGACUGUCCAACGUCGUAGCUGGCUCCGACACCACCGCCAUCAACCUCUCGUCCAUCAUGUACUACCUCCUGCAUAACCCCGAGGUGCUCGAGAAGCUGCGGGGCGAGAUCGCCUCGUUUACCGCGGAGGGUCGCUGCAGUCCUCGCGUCACGUUCAAGGAAAGCCAGGACAUGCCGUACCUGCAGGCCGUCAUCAAAGAGGCCCUGCGCAUGCACAGCGCCACAGGUCUGCCGCUAUGGCGAGUCGUACCGGCGGGGGGCGCCGACAUCAGCGGAUAUCGUUUCCCCGAGGGGGCAGUCGUCGGGAUCAACACGUGGGUAGCCCAUUACAACGAGGAAGUCUUUCCCGAGGCCAGCACCUUUCAGCCGGAGAGGUGGAUAGAGGCAGAGCAAGACCCAGAGCGCCUGCGACUGAUGAAUGACAUGUAUAUGCCGUUCGGUCUGGGUUCCAGAACUUGCCUGGGCAAGCACAUCUCCAUAUUGGAAAUCUCGAAGCUGAUCCCGCGAAUGGUCCGUGACUUUGACUUCACCACCAACGCGAAUCAAUGGUCCACAGAAAAUUCCUGGUUCGUCAAGCCGACCGAUUUCGAGGUGCAAGUACGGGAGAGAUUGGACGACAAGACGGAUGUCGCAAUAUAAGGUAGUGCAUAAAAGGUUGCCCAUAGAGCUCAGAAGUGUCUAGAUAUCUUUUGUAGCCGAGUGGUGUUCUUUGUGUCAACGGAGAGGUCUCAUGCAGAGUAGUAUCUAGUUCUCGAUCUUGCAUAUCCUCAUCGUGAACCGCAGUCCAACACAAUAUAAUCCUCAACAUAUACAAACGUUAUACAUUGUCCCAAGGCCCGAGAUACAUACACUAUACAUCUAUACACACAUACACAACACCAGUAUCAACAACUCAAUACCCCAAGCACCAGCACCCCACCAUAGCAACCAACACCCACCCCCAAACCCCAGCCCUAACAGACCUCACCGCAGCAUCAGCAUCAGCCUCCUCCCCAGAAGCACCCACCUCACCCACCCAAGGCACUUCAUCCAGCGUAUCAUUACUAGCAGCCAAAGCCCCCGCGCCCAGCACCUCAUUCUCAAUAGACGCACAAUCCACCCUCUCAUC